AAGAGGAAGCCUCCGGCUGUGCAAACAAACAAGGGGGAAGGUUGGGGGGGGGGGAAACGCACCCGAGUCAGCAGCUGAGUUUUAGGAGUUGACGUCGGAUCCCAAAGUCCUGCUAACUCAGCAGCUUCCCUGACCUAAUAGCACUUGAAAGAGGGAAAGGGAUGGAGGAGACAAGCAAAGAGGACUAUAAAAUAUAUUCAUUUGAUUCAGAAGUUCAGCAGUUACUGAAAACAGCACUGAAAGAUCCCAGCAGUGUGGAUCUGGAGAAAGUGGCCAAUAUAAUUGUGGACCAGUCUUUAAAAGAUUGUGUAUUCAGUAAAGAGGCAGGACGCAUCUGUUAUGCCAUCACUCAGGUGGAAAGCAAACAAACAGGCCAAAGUAUCUUCCGGCGGUGCCUUCUCAACCGAUUGCAGCAAGAGUAUAAGGACCGUGAUGAGUUACGAGCCCAUUCCCUCCAAGCCUGGAUCUGCUAUGUCACUUUUAUCUGCAAUGUCUUUGACUACCUGAGGGUCAAUAAUAUGCCCAUGAUGGCAUUGGUGAAUCCUGUUUAUGACUGCCUCUUCCGAUUGGCACAGCCUGAUAGUCUGCAGAAAGAGGAAGAGGUGGACUGCCUGGUGCUGCAGCUGCACCGCAUUGGUGAACAGCUGGAAAAGAUGAACAGUCAGAGGAUGGAUGAGCUCUUUUCCCUUCUGCGUGAUGGAUUCCUUCUGCAGGAGGGUCUCAGCUCCCUGUCCCAAUUGCUACUCCUGGAGAUCAUUGAGUUCCGGGCCACUGAUUGGAAAAUGACAGAAGCAGCCCAGAAGUAUUAUUACAGUGAGGUCACUGACUGAACACUUGAACCACCAGCAAAGCCUGCAUUCGCACCAUUUCCACCAGCAAACUUUACACCAAAGCUGCAACUUGUAUAAUGUUUUUUUUAAUUAUUAUUCCUAAACCUUUUGUUAUUGAACAUGUGCCCUGCUCCUUUGUGCCAGGGAACUGCUGCCUAAAACUGAGGAGCUGAGAGAACACUUAAAAAAGGAAAAAAAGUAGCAGAUACCUGGCCACUGCUGCUCCUGUUGUAUUGCACUAAAUACUGGCUUUUUAUUAUGUCCUUUUGCAGGCUGGGCUGGGAUUUUACGCAGGGAGGUUUUCUCUCCCUUACUUUCAAUUUAGCAAUGUAAAUGGCAGGUUUUAAAAACCAGCCUAGGAAUCAUUUCACAUCAACUUAAAAAAUAGCAACUCAUUCUGGCCUGUAUUGGUAAGCUUUUGUUUCGUUUAAUAUUUGAUAACUGGCUUCAGUUUAUUCCUUUUUUGAAAAAGGAAAAUAAUUCUGUGAUCAAAGCUCAAGUGUUAUUUGCUUUUUUGUAAUCAAGCUUUCUCCAAUGGAACUAUUAAUCACUCUGGAAUCCAAGCUGUGCCUAGACAAGACUAGUCUGAAAUCAAAAUGUUUUCUCCAUAACUAUAGGAAACUCGUCUCACAGGGAGAGGAUAAUAUUGCAUAAUAAGGGAGAUUUUGGUGGAUAAUCUUAUCACUUCCAACCAGCAUAUAAAAUGGCAUAAUCCAAGAAGGGCUACUUUGAUAGUUAAUCCUUACCUAUUUAAAUGCAAAUCUAUCACAAUACAAAAGGCUUAUCUUAGGGGGGGGGGGAUGAGAAAAGAGACAGUUUUUCUCUCCCUUUUCCCCUUAAAGCAAAGCAACCGUGGUAAUUAAACAUGUAAUUUAGGUUCCUUAAAGGCUACAUUCAAGGGACAAAUCUUUUUAUUAACGUGGGUUUCUUCAACACAAUGCCUUUCAGGUAUGAAUUUCAACUCUAAGGAAGUUCAAAUCCAAAGCACCAGAUUGUGGAAGUCCAUCAGAGUAUAGUAUGCCCUAGGAAGCUACUGCCCAGCAAUGCUUGAGGCUUCAGGAGGAUAGCUCUGGUUUCUAACUGACCCUCCAACAGCACUUUUUUUAAAAGAAAAAGAGUCUAUGAUUGGGUACUUUGAUCUUUCUUCAAGUGUAGGAAAAUACUAUGCAAAUAUUUUCUGCUUGCAACCUUCAGCUUUCUUCCAAGCUAGGUCAGAUUUUAGCUAAGGUGGCACCUUCUGCCACCAGAAGAUGUAAAGCCACAGACUUUUACAAAGCCACAGCAGAAUUAGUCCUUUUGGGGAAUAGAUGACAAUUCAUUUUAUAACAUUUCUCUCCCACAAUACUUUAAACCAAUGUACUGUAAAUUUAUCUGAAAGAGACUUGGUUCUGUUUGGAACUUUUAUAAAAUAUUUUACACUUCUGUC